UAUGAAAUUAAACCCAUAUUUCUAUUUGCUACAUUUGUCAACAACAAAACAUUGACGUCAAUUCGCGCUCAGAUUGUUUGUUCAAUUGUGCGUCGAAAUUGUGCGUACUCGCGGUUUAUAUUCGCACUCAUCAUCGCCUUUUCAACAUAUUCUACUUCCAGCCAGUGCACAGAGAUGAAGCAUCUCGCAAUCUUCCUGCUGGUCGCUGCAGCCGCGCUGAUCGAAGUACAGGGACAGAGUGAACCAUGCUUGCUGUGGAUGAAACCGCAGCCAACGUGUCCCACUAACGAACGAUACACGUGCUGCAAGCCAUGUCGCGAGUCCACAUGCCUGUCCACCGGAUUGCUUCCCAAAUGUGCUGGGCCCUGCAAAGGAGGAUGUAUUUGUAAAAAUGGCUACAUACGCGUCAUAAACAAUGGUAGAUGUGUUCUACCGUCGAAAUGCUCCAAUAGUUUCCCAUUUAAAUUUUGAUUUCUAGGUUGAUCAAGGCGAUGCUUUUUGGUUGGAGCAGAAUAAAGAAAUUAUUCAAUUUUCAAAAUGCAAACCGAAAGCAUUCCUUCCCUUUUCAUUUGUGUGGGUACGAUGAAUUCAAGCACCCUGCACUAUAGCAUUCCAGCAGUGGAACGUUUCAUUUCUCGUCUGAUCGAUCAGAAAACGCCUCCCGCACUCAAUCAGUCGGUCGGUUCCGCCCGGGGAGGUACAAUUAUUUUUCACCUUAACAUCUAAAUCCCCACCAUUGCCAUUGGAGGCAUGCCUUGUCAUUGGUAAGGUGCUCAUCACGCAUUGAUGACCCAUGCUGAAGGGAACGGAAAAAGAGGGACAGAAAGGUGGACAAAGACAAUGGAGGAGUGCAGCUUUACGUCUAUUGUACAGUCCCGUAUCGAUAAACGAGAGACCGACCGACCGAGGUGGAAGUCCGGACGGCAGCUUUAUGGACAACUUGACACUGGCUCAAAACCCCUAGUGAUUGAUGGAAUGCGAGUAUUUUGCGGUAUGUUUGGGUUUUUUGUCUCUUCCAACGGAGACGAUUAUUUAUUGGUUUUUGAGAUGUUUUAAAGACGUCGCUGGCAGGUCUAUUAAUUUGGAGGAAAAAAACCUAAAAUGCAAGAAUUUACCAGUAAAAAAUAAAGUUAUAGCUAAACAAUUUGUUUGGUAUUUUUGAUUUUCCCUUUAUCCCACAAAAGUAUCAAGUCACAACCCAUCAACGCACGAAACAGUUCUCCUUAUUUGCGAUCCUUGAGUUACCCCGCAAGCGGCCGCUGCGUCCGACGCACCACAGAGUGUGGUAGAACUUUCUCAUCUAAUUACCUACAAUUAACAUUAUU